UCAGGACUUAUAACGAAGUUUAUAGUUGGAAAUUGCGUAAAACUCUUGUGUCAUUAGAAAAUUUUCGAAAUAUAACUUGAAAAUCUAAUUUUUGUAUCAACACAUUUAAAGUGUUUCAAGAUUCCACUGUAAUUUUAUCAGUAAUCUUUCUAUAACCCUUUAGUUUAAAUUUAAGAUUAACUGAUUUUUCCAUUCAGUUUGUAUAUCUGAAUUAUUUUCCCAUUGAUGCUUAUAAACUUUUUAUUCACCGGAUCGUCACCAAUUACACAAAUUUUCAUUCAUUUUUUUAUUUUCUUAUUUAAAAUGUUUGAUUUUGUUUUAAUAAUUUUUUAGUAUUUUGUUGAUAAUAUUUGUGUUUUUCGGAGACUUCUCAACCUCAUUACUAUUUCAUUAUACUACAAUUAUUUUAUAUUAUCUAAUACUAUUGUAUAUAAUAGUGUUAAAUAUUUUUUGUUAAAUAAUUUUUAUUGUAUAAUUUUAUAUUUUAAAGGAGUUUAAAAAUUUUUUAUUAAUAUAUUAUUGAUUCCAUAAAUAAUUUAAAAGUUUGGGAGAAUGCAUAAUGGAAUUGGACUUCGUACUCCGAGGGGUAGUGGGACUAACGGAUACGUCCAGCGCAGUUUGGCUGUGAUGCCUGUGAAUAAAAUUGCCAAGCUUUCUCGCCAGUCCGACUCGAUAACUCGCCCAAAGAGUAAAGUUGACCCUCAGAUUAUUCUGCACGAGAAAAAAAGGGAAAUCGAACUCAAAUUAAUGGAAUUAAGAGCGACGUUACGUAUUUCAAUGACUGAAGAAGAGGUUGAAGAGGAAAUCACCAAGCAAAGGAAACAUAUGUUAAAUAAUCUCAACUUAAUUCCGUUAAAUAAUCUCAACUUAAUUCCAUUAAAUGUUAACAAGAAUGAGCACAUAAUGGCAGAAAUGAAGAAUAGGCAAAUCUCCAAUAUACAAAAUGCUCUUAAAAUUAACACAAAACCAACAACCGAAGAUUCUCACAAGGAUAACACUUCUAAACAGAGUGAUGAUUUUAAACAGAGUGACGAUCUUAAACAAAGUGACGAUCUUAAACAAAGUGAAGAUCUUAAACAAAGUGAUGAUCUUAAACAAAGUGAUGAUCUUAAACACAGUCGCAUUGAUAAAGAUGACAAACACAGCGAUAUCACUGGUACCACAAGUAGAAGUCUUAGCUAUAGUAGUAGAAGUUAUACUGAAAGUAGUAGAAGUAGUAGAAGUAGAGAAAGAUACAAGAGAAGAUAUAAAAGCUCAAGAUAUAAAAGAAGUUAUAGUAGAAGUCGUAGCUAUAGUAGCAGAAGUAGUGGAAGUAGUAGCUAUAGUAGUAGAAGUAGUGGAAGUAGUAGUAGAAGUAGUAGAAGCAGUAGUAGUAGUAGAAGUGUUGGAAGGAAUAGAAGAUAUAAAUCCAACUAUAAAAAUAAAAGAUAUCGAAGUUACAGUAGUGGCAGAUAA